AUGAACGGAAAUGUUCUGUCGAGAAAUGGCAGCAAACCAGCGGUGCCAGGAGGAGCAGUGGCGGCUACUGUCCUCGAGAAUGGUGGCUCACCUAAUGGCUACCUACCUAAAAUUCGCCUUCUAAACGCUCACAAAGACCUCGAGCACCGGUUCUCAUCGGCAGGUGGCGGCCAUGAACCACAUUCCAUUCCAGGACAGGAAGAUUCUGCAACGACCGGUUCCACUGCCUCUUCAUCGGAAGAUGCCGCAGCCGCCGACCCGGCCACCGAGUUGAAGAUUCAGGCGGCAGACAUGCCGCCGCACAUGCAAAAGUCGGCGAUGCAGAGUACGGUGCACGCGCUGCGCACCUACACCACCGAGAAGCACAUCGCCGAGAGUGUGAAGCAGAACUUUGACCAGCUGUACGAGCCCACCUGGCACUGCAUCGUCGGCCGCAACUGGGGCUCCUGUGUGACGCACACCAAG